AUUUGGGAUCAGGCAGAUUAGUAAAUGGUGAGGUUUAGGAUCAGGUCUAGGAUCAGGUCUUAGUCAGGUUGAGCAGGUUAGAGUAGUUUAGUUUAGGUUCAGGUUAAUGUAACCAUCAUAUAUGACAGUAUAACCUUGAGGUGGAUUUAGACUGCAUUAGUUAGUUGUACCUAAUAAACGGAGCCAGCUGAGUGUGUUUAUAAUCCCUGCUUUCUACCAAACCAUUUAUAGAUCAAAUGUUUACUUGAUUAAUUGGGAAAAUAAUUAGCUGGUAAUUAUUGUAAAUCACUUACACUGAAUUUUUUUUAAUGUUUAUGUUAUUAUGUUAUUAAAAUGCCACGUUACAAAGGGGUUUACGAGUUGUAACUUAAGGGUUAAUAAUCAGUUAAUACCUAUAAUGAAGUUUCAAAACAUUAAAAACAAAUCUGGGUUUGUCAGGUUGUGAUAAAGUCAUUUUAUCCCUCUGAAACGUAAUAAUGUCAGUACAAAGGUUGGAUAUUUGGAUAUUUAUUUCUAUUAAGUGGUUAGUUGUUGAUUCAUGGAUUGUGGUUCUAACUGCAACGCUUCAUCCAGAUGAGAUCCAGAUCACAAUAUAGGCAACACUUUAUUUAUCCAGGUCUACAAAAUAAGAUAUAUCACAAAAAGAAAUAUUAAUAACAGAGAUACAAAAUUUCAGUGAUUUGAAUAUAUUAUAUUACAUUCAUGUCUGUAUUUAUAUGGACAACAAUCAGAAUGUGUAUUUAAAUGCAUCUAAAUAUUCAUUCAAAUAUACAACCAACAGACAAUAAGGUGACAAAUUAUAAGUGCAUUCUGUUGUAGAAGUUAAAGAAGAGAUCAGCAUGGGAAAAGCUGAAGGUCUGAAACAUAUGUGUCAUUUCAGUUUAGGUUUUUCUCGUGUGUCAGUUCAGAUUCGGACCUGAUGGUGGCACUAGAGGAGAAGGAAACAGCAGACUGCAUCAGAAUUAUGGUGAUUAGUUUUCAGCAGAUUCAGCUCACUAUAUCAUGAGUUAAAAAGCUGAUCAACAGUGAAUAGUGGCCUGAUCAGAACAGAGCUAGCAGAAAGGUCAGGGGUCAUCCUCAGGCUCCACCACAGCACAGCAAACGUGAGGUUAGAGAUCAGGGAUCGUAGCCUGAGUCCCGCAUCACACAGCGAAGACUCUUCAGGCAGCAGCAGGUUUUACAUAACACAGCACUCGGGUGACCACCUCCCUCUCUCUCUCUCUCUCUCUCUCUCUCUCUCUCUCUCUCUCUCUCUCUCUCUCUCUCGCUGACACUGUCGUUCUCAGCUGCAGGCUCUUAAUGGCCAGGUUGGGUUACACACACCUGCAAGUGAUACAGGGUCAUAAAUAUCUUGCUCCUCAUGAAUUAUUCCUGAGCUUGCAGGUUGUAGUGAGCAUGUCCAUCCAGGCGGGCAGCAGACAGGUGAAACAGUCAGUCAGUCAGUCAGAGGCAGAAUGGACAUCUCCGUUCUGCCCAACAACAACCAUCCAGAGAAGUUCCUUCAGCUUGACGUGGGGAUGCUGCCGGCCACACACGGCAUGUUCCAGGUCGGGGCGCUCAUGUCCAGUCAGAGACACUGGCAGAACAGGGUCUACUCCCAGAGGGAGGGGAGGGUGAAGCCUGACAGCAGCUCUCCUCCGUCCCCAGAGGGAAGUCCUGUGGUGUUUGUGGACAGAUACCUGGAGAAGCACAUCACUCCAGUCACCUUCAAGUCCAACAUCAAGAAGAACCCUCUGUACGCUGAUAUGAGAUCCAUGGAGCCAGUGGACAACGAGAAGUCCAAGCCCUCCUGGACUGUCAAGGAGUACGACACGCAAACCAUCCACGGCAACCUGGCGAGUUACUUGAAGGAGGAAGAGAAGACUCCUAAAGAUAUGGACUUCUGGCUCGAGGACCUCUACACACCAGGAUUUGACUCCUUACUGAAGAAGACAGAAGCCAAACAUAAAAGAAAAAGACUUUGUAAAAUUCUGUUUUCAGUCAUUUUCUCUGUUUGUGUGGUUCUUAUUGUUAUUAUAGUUCCAGUGGUGGUUCUACAGAAGAAAAACUAAUGGAGGAAGAUGCUGUUGUACAACUCUUAGGACCUCACCUCUUUGUUAGUGGUCAUAGAUUUUCCUGGUGAAUACUGUAGUAGCUUAAAAAUCUGGCUUUGCAAGAUUUGAAAAUACAGACAGAUGACCAGUUUGCACCGUGAACAAAGAUAUAAUCACACAAAAGCUCCAGUGGCUUUACACAGUAACAUGACACCAAGUGGAGGUCCAGUUUCUGCUGCCCUCUAGUGGUGUAACCUCUGACCUGCAGUGAUGUUACGUUCAGUACACUGUGACAUCACUGUGUGGUUAAGCUGCAACAGACACAUCUGACCAGACUGACUUGAAACUUUCAGCCAGUGAGAGCAGUGAAACCUUUAAGGUUAUCUCCAGAUCACCAGUUAACUGUUUCAUUUAAUGAAGAAAAGCAUUUUGUUAUCCCCAAAGAAAACUAUACUGCAACCACUUCAUAUAUUUCAUAUUUCUUUUAAUAAAAAAUUAUUUAAAGCA